GCCACCACCAACGGGGCCUUGGAGAACGGGCAGCCGGACAGGAAGUCGCCCGCCCUACCGCGCCCGGUUCGCAACCUGGAGGUCAAGUUCACCAAGAUAUUCAUCAACAAUGAAUGGAACGAAUCCAAGAGUGGAAAAAAGUUUGCCACAUAUAACCCUUCAACUCUAGAAAAAAUAUGUGAAGUGGAAGAAGGUGAUAAGCCCGACGUGGACAAGGCCGUGGAGGCCGCGCAGGCCGCCUUCCAGAGGGGCUCGGCCUGGCGCCGGCUGGAUGCCCUGAGCCGGGGCCGGCUGCUGCACCAGCUGGCGGACCUCAUGGAGCGGGACCGCGCCAUCCUGGCCACCCUGGAAACAAUGGACACGGGGAAGCCAUUCCUUCAUGCCUUUUUCAUCGACCUGGAGGGCUGUAUCAAAACCCUCCGAUACUUUGCAGGGUGGGCGGACAAAAUACAGGGCAGGACCAUCCCCACAGAUGACAAUGUUGUGUGUUUCACCAGGCAUGAGCCCAUAGGUGUAUGUGGGGCCAUCACUCCUUGGAACUUCCCUCUGCUGAUGCUGGUGUGGAAACUGGCACCGGCUCUCUGCUGUGGGAACACUGUGGUCGUGAAGCCAGCAGAGCAGACGCCCCUCACCGCCCUCUAUCUGGGCUCUCUGAUCAAAGAGGUGGGAUUCCCUCCGGGCGUGGUGAACAUCGUGCCUGGAUUUGGGCCCACGGUGGGAGCUGCAAUUUCUUCUCACCCUCAGAUCAACAAGAUAGCCUUCACUGGGUCCACAGAGGUUGGAAAGCUGGUUAAAGAAGCCGCCUCCCGGAGCAACCUGAAGAGGGUGACACUGGAGCUUGGGGGUAAAAACCCCUGUAUCGUGUGUGCUGAUGCCGACCUGGACUUGGCAGUGGAGUGCGCCCAUCAGGGAGUGUUCUUCAACCAAGGCCAGUGCUGCACGGCCGCCUCCAGGGUGUUCGUGGAGGAGCAGGUCUACGGCGAGUUUGUCAGGCGGAGUGUGGAGUACGCCAAGAAACGGCCCGUCGGAGACCCCUUCGACGUCAGGACCGAACAGGGGCCCCAGAUUGACCAAAAGCAGUUCGACAAAAUCCUGGAUCUGAUCGAGAGUGGGAAGAAGGAGGGAGCCAGGCUGGAAUGCGGGGGCUCGGCCCUGGAAGACGGGGGGCUCUUCAUCAAACCGACUGUCUUCUCAGAAGUGACCGACAGCAUGCGGAUUGCCAAAGAGGAGAUUUUUGGACCCGUGCAGCCAAUCCUGAAGUUCAAAAAUAUCGAAGAAGUGAUAAAAAGAGCAAAUAGCCUUGAAUACGGACUCACAGCAGCUGUGUUCACGAAAAACCUCGACAAAGCACUGAAGCUGGCUUCCGCAUUGGAGUCCGGAACCGUCUGGAUCAACUGCUACAACGCCAUCUAUGCACAGGCUCCAUUUGGUGGCUUUAAAAUGUCGGGAAACGGCAGAGAACUAGGUGAAUAUGCGCUGGCUGAAUACACAGAAGUGAAAACUGUCACCAUCAAACUUGAUGACAAGAACCCCUGAAGGAAAGACAGGCUCCUUCCACAAGCAUCUGACGGCUGAAUGUGGCAGAUCAAACUGCAGAGGAAAAACAUACGUUUAUGCCCUUCCCGGGAUACUUUCUUCUGGAGACUUUAAAUCUACUGGAUCUGAGCAACUUUUAUUUUCCUCUCACAUUCCUGUUUUAUUGACCAAUAUGUUGUGUGUGAAAUUGCAGUCCUGCCUGAGGAUGGGACUAGUGGCCAUUUCCGUGUCCCUUGUCCACCAGAUCCCAGGGGACAGUGAGGAGGCUCGGGACAUCGCCAGCAGGACGUGAUAUUUGAAGUAUCGCGCAGUCUCUUAAAAAUGCUUUGCUGACUCUGACUCCAGUAAGAAUUUGGGGGGAAAAAUAUCCCUGCAUGUUCUGCAAACGGGGCCCUGUCCCUGUGAGUUCCCCAGGGUUACCUGUCCAGAGAACAAGCCCCUCCUACCAUUCAGUGGGAAGGAAUCGCACUAAGUUAAAAACAAAAAAACAGACAAAAGAACAAGAUCAGGAGGAUCUGACGUGGUGAGCUUUGGGGAAGCCAGUAAGUACCUCGGAGGGGUUUUGAAGGCCUUUGGGUGUGAACAGGUGUGGGUCUUCGAGGCCCACAUCUUGACAUUGACCACAGGACCAGCUUAAAAUCAAUACUGCCUUUGGAAUGUGACUGAAUCAAUCUCCCAAAGAGCUUAUCUAACACUAUGUCAUGUUCUACCUUAAACAAGGCACUUUCUUAGGCAGGAAAUGUCACUAGCGUCACCAUCGCUGUUAAAGACCCAGACACUUCCUAGGAUCAUUAAGUCCCACAUUUUACAAAUCAGAGCCAUAAUUUGCUUUGCCCAACUAGGCACGCCUACCAUUUGCAUUAAUGGUUUUAUGAUAAACCUGUGUAGUUUUGCUUUUCUCCAGUUUGAUUCUCAAAAUUUUAGACGAGUAAAACAUACGCAACUGGAAAGACUGUUGUUAUUGAUAUAGCCCUGGUUUUUCAAAGUCCUAUUUUGAACUUAAGUAGUGAUUAAUUAACAAAGAACAUCUGGACUCCGUGGAGGAACUGGGUCCCCUGCUACAGUGGCCUGAGUAUUGCACAAACGAGUUGUGAACUUUUCUUUUUCUCUUUGUGUAGCUGAAGGAUGUGCAAUUCCGAGUUGUGACUUGGAAAACUGAAAGCCUUCCCAUAUAGCUUUAAAAAACAAAACCAAACCAAACUUCAGUUGUGUUAUUCAGAUACUUUUACAGUUACUAACUGGUACUUUUCUCAUGGUGCUUAUGUCUGAGGAUGAAGUCGAGGGGCAGCAAGAAAGCAGAGGUCUAUGUUAAAACCAGUGUAUGUAUAAAGAAAGUCAUAUGUGAAAGGAGGUUCUCAUUCUUGUUGGAAAUAUGCAAUAUGCAAUCCACCUUCUUCUCUAAAUCAGUUAACACUUAACACUUAGACAAUCAGUAACUUGUUCAGUCAGGAUUUGACUUCAUACACUGAAUUUUCAGGAUUUUUUCUCAAGUAACUAUAGACACUAACCUUGAUAGUAAUACAUUAGAGGGUUCUUUAUUCUUUCAUUGUACAAUAAUGCCUUUAAUAUGAAAUGCUACAUUAUUUAUAAUUGGUAUAGUUAAUGUAUCUUUUUAUAGCUGUAAGUAAACAGAGGUGGUGUAUUUAACCUUCUGUAAUAUACUGUAUUUAGAAAUGGAAAUCUAUAUAGUAUUAGAUUUCACUUCUUUUAAGGUUGACUCCUGUGGUAUGGUUUAAAAAUCUAUUGGCCUGGGAAUUCUGAUCCUAACUGCAGAUUGUGUUCAACAAUGCAACAACCAUAAAAUAAAACUGGAUAUUUGAGAAA